AUGAACGUCAGUACCAGUACUUUAGGAGUUAGAAGAAGAAAAGCCGCCCAGAACAUAGACGACGAAGAGUCUGCGGCCACGUUGAAGUUGGGACCGGAGUUUCAGCUUCGACAAAUCACAAACAACGGUGAUGAAGAACAGUUAAUAGCAUUGAACCUUUCUGAAGCCAGAUUACUAAUGAGAGCUGCGUUAAAGGAGAGGAAGAGCAAGAAUACCGCCAGUAAUAAGUAUAACCAACAUGAAGCAGAUGAAGGCAAUGAAGACGAUGAAGAUGAUUCCAAAUUUGAUGAAUUAAUGAAUAACCAACAGUCAGAGAUUGUACGGAAGUCAUUGGCUUAUUUGUCAACCUUUGCCAGAUUUAAAAAUUCUUCUUCAACAGAAACUGUGGAGAAGUUAUUGAAUGAUUUUAGUGCUUCGUGUCUGGAACCUUUGCAUCCUUUUGAAAUAGCCCAAUUGGGAAACCUUGAUUGUGAAGAUGCAGAAGAAGCAAAGUCUUUAAUCCCCAGUUUAUCCAAUAAGGUUUCCGAUAUCCAAUUGCAGAAUCUUUUGAGUGAGUUGAAGAAGUAUCAAAGUUUAGCUUGA